AUGGGCCAAAGGACGAUGGGUUGGGCGUCGUUUGAUCGUAUAUUUUUUGCCGAAGAAUUUGUAUCAUUGAGCCCACAUUAUCCUGCAGCAGCAUGUAAAUUAGGCCGUAUUUGGGUGAACUGUAAUCAGAUGACGAAUGUUAAUUACAUUGUACAACAUAACGAUUCGAUUGAACAUAUAGGGCAUCGUCAUGAGCAUCCUAUCUUGGAUCAUUAUAUCAGAGUGAUUGAUAACGAUAACAAUAUCAUAGUGGUAGAUAAGCCAGCAAGUAUGCCGGUACAUCCAUGUGGUAGAUAUUGUGUGCAUACAGUUUUGGGUAUGUUACGUGAACAACGAGGUCUACGUGAUCUUAGAGUUGUACACAGGUUGGAUCGCACAACAUCCGGUGUGUUACUGUUUGCUAGAAAUAGUGAAACGGAUACCAAACUAAAAAAGAUGUUACGUGUUGGUGAAGUAUGGCAUAAAGAAUAUCUCUGUAAAGUGGAAGGCGUUUUCCCGGCAGAUAAAGAGAUAAUUUGUGAUCGUCCUAUUGGACCACUUGUUCUUUCGAUGGGUAUCCAGUGCAUUCGUGAUGAUGGCAAGUGUGCUCGAAGCCGUUUUUGGCGUUUAUGGACAGACGGUCAAACAUCGAUCGUUCGUUGUAUGCUUGAAACCGGUCGUACCCAUCAAAUUCGUGUUCAUUUGCAAUAUUUAGGUUAUCCAAUAGUAGAUGAUUAUAUUUACAAUACUGCUGCUUGGGGUCAAACCAAAGGCAAGGAUGGAAAUUAUGGAAAAUCAUUGGAUCAACUUCGGAAAGAUGUUCUGGAGGAGCAUAAAGCAUCUAAUUGGCAUGAACAAGUAGACCCUGAAUAUGAGAUCAGAGUACAAAGAAUUGCUGAAGGAGAGAUACAACCCGAGUCAGAAGGAUUAGACACAAAAGUACGCCAGGAAUAUGAUCCAAUAUGUAUGCAUUGCAACGUGAAAAAGAAAGACAUUACGCCUGAACAUAUGAUGUUACACCUGCACUGUCUCAAAUAUCAAACUAGCGAAUGGUGUUAUUCAAGUGAAAUACCAGGUUGGGCCAUUCAGCCAAAUGAUACCCAAAACUCAGGGAAAGCUGUGGAAGAUCUCCCGCGAAACAAACAUACAGCUCAAAGUUGA